AUGACAGACCAACAACCCAGAACAGCUCCAUUCUACCACAUCCCCCAACGAUCUAUCAUCAGCAUUGAACACCCAGCCAUCGUCCAAAACAUCGACAAAGCAAUCGACACCCUCCAAGGCAAUGGCGGCAUCCGACGAGUAAGCUCUAUCCCCAAACAGAAGGUAGAACCCCAACUAAAAGCCCAGGUCCUCCGCUCCUCCGACACCAACACGGCAGCAUACUUGCGCCUGCGGCCCGAGGACGCCAUGUGCAGACCGCUGAGGUCAACCAACACGGUCUCCAACAACGUCGUCCUCAAAGUGACCGUUCCAAAGCGAACAGGCCGCAAGCGCAAGCGGGGAUCUGACGAGCCGUUUACGCAUGACCCCUCGGAGCCGCAGCAGAGGCGUACCGCGCAGCAGCUCCUGCGCAGUCUGCAGGAUAAUGUGGGCCGGUAUCAGGUUGAGCCGGUGGGGAUGGUGAACCGGACGCAUGUCUUUCGGGGAAUGCCUGAUUUCGUGUACUCGACGGCCGGGAGCGCGUUCAGUAACCGUUUCCGCGAGGAGAUCCUCUCGUUUGAUGUCGAGAAAAUGAAACACUUCGACCUGGACAUGUCUAAAGGGGCUGGUCGGAACGCAGACCUCAUUCCCCCGCCGUCGUUCAGCCACGGCGACAUUCAAUUCCCGUACAUAUACCGCCAAAACCCCACGGUCCGCCAAACCAUGGACACAUCCGGCAACAUCACAACAAUCAACACGCAACGCGCCGCAAAAGUCCUCACCCACCUCGUCCCCUACGACAUCGACCCUGUCCCCAGCCAACCCCGCGACAGCUGCCCCCCAAUGGAAAAGCUCGACUCGACGAUGCGCGAAACCAUCACAAUAAUCGCAGACCUCUUCGCCCAACGACCCGCCUGGACACGACGCGGGCUCCGCAACGCCCUCCCCAAAGUCGAGCAACGCUACGCCCUCCGCCACGCAAUCCCCUACGUCGGCUACGUCUUCCGCUCCGGCCCCUGGCGCGACGCCAUCGUCCGCUUCGGCCACGACCCCCGCACGGACCCAGAAUACCGCAAAUACCAAACCCUCAUGUUCCGCAUCCUGCCCCGCGAACCAGACGUCGCCCGCGACGGCGGCGGCAGCGCCGCGCACUCAACACCCACCCCAACCCCGAGCGCCGCCGCCACCGCCGCCGCCGCAGCAGCAGCAACACCAGGCCCAACAGGCGGCGGGCGCCGCCACGCCCUAACACGGAUGAACGAAGCAGCCCACGACAUGCAAUCCGGCAGCGAGGUCCUCCCAACCGACACACACAUCUUCCGCUCGAAGCCGCCCCUCCCACGCGACGGCCGAAUGUGGAUGUUCUGCGACAUCGAAGACCCCCUCCUACGCCGGAUCCUAUUUCCAGAAGAACAGCAGUCACCAUCUCACCAGAUCCGCGCCGGAUUUCUCCGCGAGAAAUGCGACAUUCUCAGCGACGGGUGGUACGGGAACGGGACGCUGGCGAAGGCGAAGAUGGUGAUGCGGGCGAAGAUCCUGGCGCUGUUGGGUGAGCGGGAGGCGGACGAUGCGGACUUUGCGCAGCUCUUGACACUGCCGGAUCAUGCGGCUUCGCCGGAGGCGUUGGCGGAGGGGUUCUCGCUUGAUCCGCGGGUGGCGAGUGCGAGGGAUCUGAUGCUUGCUACUGAGGUGAGGAGUACGAUUAAGUCUUCUGCGGCUUGGAGGGCGAUGGUUAGGGGGAGGGGGGAGAGGGGUGGGGGUGUUAGAGGGGGUGAGGAUGAGGGUGAAGAUGAGGAUGAGGGGGAGUAUGUUGAGGAAGAGGAGGCUGAGGAGGAAGCGGUGGAAGAAGCGGAAGGGGGAGAGGGAGAGGGGACAGUUGCUGGGGGAGGGGGACGACGGGUGCAGUUCCAGGAGGGUGAUACUACGAUGGGAGGGGAGGGUAACGAGGAGGAUAGCGAGAUGAGCGAUAUGUAG